AUGGAGUCUCCGUCUGAUGCGCCCUCCAAGCGGGCCGAUGUCGUCAAGCGCGUCUCUCGGGCCUGUCUACAUUGCCGUCAGCGCAAGUCGCGCUGUGACCUCGAUACAAAUGGCAAUCCUGGCAAGCCGCCGUGUCAGCGCUGUGUGCGCGAACAUCGCGAAUGCGUCCUCGGCGGCUCUAACCGAGGCGGACGCCGCAUUCGCAAGAACAAAAUCAAAAACUUCACACCGGCGGCUGAUCCAUCACCUAGUAAGGACUCGGAGGAGACUUCUAGUCCUGCGGAUUCUGAAGCGCGCCGUGCACCAUCUGCAUCUGCUAUAUCGGUAUCCUAUCCCGGACCAGUCGUCUUUAUGCCCCCCAACCCGCCGGCUUCAACCACCGCGGUUGUGGAAGACGAUGAUGCUUCAAUUGGAUCUGUUCCGCGAAAUCCAUCUGAUGCCUGGCAAUGUCUGACAGGUAUCGCCACCCACGGCGCCCCGGCUCCCGAAGUGCGCGGCCACCGUGCACGGUCGGAGUCUGGUGGAUUCUCCACAUUCAAUGGCCUGCGCAACGGCGUUGUAUCCGAUUUUAAUGCUCCAAAUACCGGUAUUAGAGCGUAUCGACUGGUCCAGUCACGGUCUCUAGACCCUGGCACUGUUUGGCAGCUUGUUACUCGUUAUGCGGAAAACUUCCACCCAUACCUCCCAUUGGUUCCACGGAGAUAUUUUGAGCGCACCGCACUUGACGAUUUUGCCAACAAUGAGAAAUACCUCCUCACUGCUGUGCUUACAAUUGCGUCUAAAGAUCUUGUCGACCGACCCGAGAUCCACGAAUACUGCUCAAAAUACAUGCACGAGCUAAUCUCAGGCAUUGCCGCGGGUGCAGACUGUGAUGUUGAAGCAGUCGAGUCUCUUCUGUUACUAGCCGAGUGGGAACCCCAAGGCCUGCGUCCUCGCAUCGAGCGUGUGGGUCGUGGAGAAGAGGACCGAGCUGCGUGGAUGCAUGUUGGACUCGCAUUGCGCUCGGGUUAUUUCAUCGGAUUGGAUCGAACAUCCUUCCGAGGGGAUCCAUAUGGAGACCAAGAAACUGAGUCUCGUCGAAGAUUAGCCUGGGCUAGCUGCUAUGUCUCUGAUCGAUUGAUCUCUGUGCGUAUUGGACGUGCUUUCUGGUCGCGGGGUCCAGGUCCGAUGACUGGCCUUGUUAGCCAGGACUUCCCUUCGCUACAGCCAGCAAAAGAGGGCGAUGAGGAUUACUCCAAGAUCUUCCAGGCUAUGUUGGAUCUGACGCAGCUGUACGGAAAUGUGCAUGAAGUCUUGUAUUCUGGAAUGCGCACCAGCAAUCAAAUGAUGCUGAUGGGAGACUACGUGAAGUAUGUGGAUGAUUUCCGACUAGCUAUCCUGCGAUGGAAGUCUCUUUGGGGACCUUUAGACUGCUCGGCCCCUAUGAAGGCAACAUUGCAGCUGUCAUACGAAUAUUUGCGGCUAUAUACGACUGCAUUUGCAUUCCAGGCUGCGAUUUCUCAGACUUUGGCGAAGCCAAAGACUAGUGCAAACUCACACCGGGAGGAACUCCGAUCAACAUUCAAGAAUGUGGCUUCGAUGCAAGAUUCUCGGUUCAUCUAUGAGUCGGUUGAUGCGGCUAAGGCCUAUCUGACCAUUCUCGUGGACUCCGUAGAUCCUGAGAGGCAUUUACAUUUCAUGCCACUCCGGUUCUAUUUAUAUGGCAUUUACUCUGCUGUCUUCCUCUACAAGGCUCGUUCCUUUGGAAUGAUGGUUCCUUCCGAAGAAGCCAAGGUCCAAGGGCUUGUCGCUCGAACCACAGAAGUCCUCAAACAAGCUAGUGCAGGCCCCGAUGACAUCGGAGCGCGCUACUCUCACCUGCUGGAGCUUUUGUGGAAAACAAAGCCGUCCAUCUCGACGGCCGCCACAAAUACCCAGCAAAACAGCGACUUUAUGCAAACAGCUCUACCAAACUCAGUCUCUGACACAUAUAUGGAUUUCAGCCCUGCCAACGACUUUUCCUGGUUGGAUCUGGAAGCCGUGGGUGAUUAUGUAUCUGGAGACCCAAUACCGGGUGGCCUACUAGGUCUGGAUGCCUUCCAUAAUACGACCGACCCUUACCAGCCCGGACAAGAAAGGCCACAAGUUUGGCAGCAAUCUGCGUGGCUGGGCGAUAUGAGUAGUAACCUUCUGUUUUAA